AUGUUAUCAAUGUAUUUAAAACUUCGUAUUGUUACAACUAUUGAAGGAUUUAUUGGGACUAUAUUAAAUUUAUUAACAUUAUUUAUUGUAUUUAAAACACAAUUUGGUUCAAAAUCUACAACUUUAAUGUUAAGAUUACAGACAAUAUUUGAUUGUACUGCAUGCUUUUUAUAUGCAAUGUAUUCAGCAACAGAAAAUGAAAAUUUACUAAAUAAUAAAAAUCCAACUGAUAUUUCAUUUAUCAAUGAAUUAUUAUGCUAUUUAUGGUCAUAUAAUAUUGCAUUUUGGUCUGGUGUUAUAUUAAGUGUUCAGAAUAUUGUAUGUAUUUCAAUUGAUCGAUUCAUAGCAGUUCUAUUCCCAAUUAUUUAUAAAACACAUCAAUUAUUAUUAAUUAUAAUAUUUAUUACUUAUCAAUUAGGCAUGAUAGGAUUAUUAUUUACACCAAUAAUAUUUUUUAGACGUUUCGAUAAUGAUACAUGUAUUUAUGUACCUGGACCAAAUGGUAUUGAUUCAUCAACAUACAUUGCUUUUCGUGGAUAUACAUGGUUAUCAUUUCAGUAUAUAAUUCCAGUAUUGAUUAUUACAAUUAGUCAUCUUUCAAUUAUAAUAAAAUUAAAAAAGAGACAAUAUCAAUCUAAAACUCUUAGACCAAUUGAAGUUUCAUUACGGAAUAAAGGAUGUGAAUUGAAUGAACAAAAAAAGUUGAAUAAAUUAGUCCUUAUAACAGCAAUAAUGUCUGGUCAACAAGCUACAUUACAUUUAUAUGAAUCUAUACGUUAUUUUUUGACUAUGUUAAAUAUUGUAAUUUUUGGUUAUGGUACUAUUGGACAACAAAUGGGUCCAUUUUUAAUAGUAUUAAGUAGUUGUAUUAAUCCAUGUAUCAUUAUUGGAACAACAGUAUCAGUACGUAGACGAUUUUCACAUUAUCUGCAUGAAAUUUGGAUAAAAAUUAGACGGGGUUAAUGCGUUUAACAUAAUUUUCAUAACAUUUACAUUAUUUUAGACAAUGUGAUUCAAAAGAAGGAAAUUCAAGUGUUGAAUGGUUAUAUCAACUAAAUGAUUCAAUUCAAGUACAACAUCACGUG